GUUUUCAAGGAAACAGCAGCGGGCCCAAUUUCACCCUAAGAAAUAGAAGACGACACUGACGUGAGAUGCUUCUGGUAAACCCAGAAGCUGAGGAGUCUUCCGAAAGAAGAGGAACUAAUAAAAGGUGCCAGUUGGGGGGUUACCAUGGAAACCAGGACGGUGAUGCGGCGAGAGCAGGAGGAGCAGUCGUCCCAGAUGUCUCACAGCAUGCAGCUGUCCUCCCAGAUCAAAAAGAAGACCUUCACUUCCAGGGAUGAGGAAGCUUCGUACUCUGACUUCUUUCCCAUCAUCCCUGGUGAUCUGAUGUCUGCAAAGGAGAUCCUGAACAUGGACAACAUCCCACGCCACAGGACAUGGGAAAUCCUGAAGGACACUCUGGCUGCUGAUGAGGAGUAUCACCGAGACAAAUGGACCCUGUUUGGGAACGAGCUUGAGAAGGUGGAGAUAGACGUGAUCAGGAAUCAGCAUGUGUUACGUACACGUGUCGACACAAUGACCCUUCGCAAACAGGCAGAAAAGAAGGCAUCUGCCCACAUGAAGUACCUGGAGCGUCUGAGCCAGAAGGCCCCAGACUUUUCCAUCCCUCUGCGGGCUCAUACUGUCUGGGAGGGUAUGACAGUUAAACUCUCCUGUACCGUCCAGGGCUGUCCACCCCCAAAGGUUACAUGGUAUAAGGACGGUCAGCCGCUGAGAAUUUCUGACCAACCAUGGAAUUACAGUCUUCAACAAAGAUUUGGUCUUAACACACUGGAGAUUAGAAGGUGCUCUCCAGAUGAUGCUGGCGAGUAUAAAGUGGUAGUCAAGAGUCCCUUGGGUGAAGCUAUGACGUUUGGAACUCUUGUGGUGAAUUCAUAUCAAGGAGCGCUGGCUGGUUCAGAGCACUCGCAGACCCCAGCCUUAAAUCUUGAGCCAGAAGCCCAGUUUGACACCAUCUUCCCUCCAACAUGGGUGAAGGAGGGUAAUGACCUCACUCUGCAGUGUACCUUCACCUCAGCUCUGCUGCCUUUUCAGCAGGAUGUCAGCUGGUUCAGAGAUGGCAUUCAGCUGCAUCAGGCGAGCACUGUGGACAUUAAGACAGUCGAUAACAAGGCCUCCAUCACUUUAAGGGCUGCACACAAGGAGCAUGAAGGAGUUUACACUAUCCGACUGAGGACCCGGAAUGAGAACAAGGAGCACAGUGCUUUUGUCUAUGUCAGCGAUGCAUCAGCUGUGGUGCUGGGAGGCCCCGCCUCUCCUCUGGCCGUCCAGGUAUCUGAUGUCAACAGGGACUACAUCUUCCUGACCUGGCAGCCACCCAGUGCUGAUGGAUCCACACCUGUGGAGGGUUAUUAUGUAGAAAAAUAUGACGUUAGUGAGGGUGCGUGGGUACGCUGCAAUGUGCAUAUGCAGAAAGUGUGCCACUACCCAGUGUUUGGGCUGAAGGAAGGAACUCUGUACCAGUUCAGGGUUCGUGCUGUUAACAAGGCAGGGGCAGGACGCCCUUCUAAGGCCACUGAACCUGUCCUCACUACAGACCCGCUGGAACACACCAGGACCAUGGUGGUCAAAGUAGACAGAGGAAGGACGAUCACCAUUACUAAAGACGAUCUUGAAGGUCAGGUCAAAGCUCCUUUCCCUCCCACUAAUGUCCACGCCUGCGAGGUGAGCGACACCUACGUGGUGCUGAGCUGGACUGAACCUGAACCCAGAGGCAGGGAGCCGCUCACCUUCUACGUGGAGCGGUCCCUAGCAGGUAAAAGCAGCUGGGAGCUGGCCAGUUUGGACAUGACGGUAAACUCUCCCAGGUUCCCAGUGUUUGACCUGGUCAAGGGCAAGCAGUACUGCUUCAGAGUGCGCUCCAUCAACAAGUACGGUGUCAGUGACCCCUCCGAGCCGAGCGAGCCCAUCUCCUUGGGAAAGCCACAAGCUGUGCCAGCUCCACCUCACUCCGUCAUGGCCAUCAUAGACACAGACACCUCGGCGCUGCUACAAUGGCAGGAGCCCAAAGACAAAGAUAACAUCCUGGGCUACUACCUGUACUACAGUGAGGCAGGAAAACAAAACUGGAAAACUGUCAACAACAAGCCUAUUGCCAACAACAGAUUCACAGUCCAUGGCCUCAAGACCCGAGAGGAGUAUGUGUUCAGGGUGAAAUCAGUGAGCAGUGCAGGAAACAGCAACUAUUCAAAUGAGACCAAGCCCAUCCUCGUCAAAUCAGCCAUUCACGUUCCUUCUGCUCCCUCCGCCAUCGCCUUGCUGCUGUGCACUGGAUCGGAGAUGGUGUUGGGCUGGAGGGCCCCCGCCCGUAAUGGGGGAGACCCUGUGCGUGGCUACUACCUGGACCGGAGGGAAAAGGGCAUGGAAACAUGGAGAGAGGUCAACAUCAAGCCUGCCAAAGACCGGCAGUCUAAGGUUUGCAACCUAACCGCUGGACAUUUCUACCAAUUCCGUGUGUUUGCUGCCAAUCUUGCGGGCGUCGGGAAGCCAUCUGAGGCCAGUGAUGCUUUCCUGUGUGAGAAGUGGACGAUGCCCGAGCCAGGUUGUCCAUUUGACCUGGAGCUCCGGGAGGUGAGAAACAACUCUCUGGUGCUGCUGUGGGCGGCUCCGUUGUACGAAGGAAGGAGCCCCGUCACUGGCUAUUUGCUGGAAAUUAGCCAGGGUGACGAAUCAGACAGCUGGACUGCUUUGAAUGAAAAGCCAAUCAAUGACACACAUUACAAGGUGUCAGGUCUCCAGGCAGGUCAGACUUACCGUCUCCGUGUGUCGGCUGUCAAUGAGGCCGGAGUGGGAUGUGCUUCCCUGCCCACCGAGCCAGUCACUGCUCAGACCCUACCAGGCACUAAAAACAUUGAGAUUGGAGUGGACGAUGACGGUUUCAUAUUUCUGGGUUACGAGGCUGCUGAGAUAAAUGACGAGAGCAAGUUCCUCUGGAGCAAAAACUACUCGGAGCCAAUCGACAGUGGCAGAGCUCAGGCAGAAACUAAGACGAAUCGGUCGCUCCUCACCUUCACAGACCCCUCUGAGGAGGAUCUGGGUCUCUACACGGUGGAGAUGAGCGACAACCCAAACCUGUCGUCCAGCUACGACUUCACUGCUGAAGACCUUGAACGCCUCAAAGAGCUCAGCUGGCAAGUCAGAAAUCCACUGAUAGCUCUGAAGACAGGCUGGCAGAUUGAGGUUUCUGAGAAAGGUGAUGUACGUCUCUGGCUUCAAACAGAGAGCCUGAGUAACAAUGCUGAGCUCCGUCUGAUCUUCAAUGACCGAGAAAUCUCCAGCACUCCGCGCCGUAAGAUCAACUUCGACAAGGCCAAAGGUCUGGUGGAGAUACUGUUUGAUCAGCUCUCGCGGGAGGACGAGGGCUCGUACACGGCUCAGCUGCGGGACGGCCGCGCCAAGAACCAGUUCACUUUGGUCUUUGUGGAUCAAAAGUUUCGUCAGACGCUCGCCCUGGCCGAUGCCAAGCGACAUGAUCAUAAGAGAAAGUCUGGACCCUAUUUCCAGGACUUCUUGUCAUGGAGUGUAAACGAGGAUUGUGAGCUGAUUAUUAAGUGCAAGGUGACAAAUACAAGCAAGGACACGUCUCUCAAGUGGUUUAAAGAAGGCAGUGUGGUGACCCAAGCUGUGUACGACCAGUCUUCAGGUGUCAGCACACUCACCAUCACACAGGUUACGAAGAAAGAGGCAGGUUCAUACAGAGUGGUGGUGUCAGACAGGAGAGGAGAGGAUUUCAGCACCUUACAGUUACUGGAUGACGAGUAUGACAAGCUUCUCCAGCAGCUGAGUAAACAGUGUGCACUGUCAGCCAGCCCGCUGAAGAUUGAGAGCACUGCUGAAGGUUUCAAGCUCUACUGCUCACUCAAAUACUAUAUAAGCUACAUGAAGACCAGCUGGUACUUCAAAGAAAAGAGGAUUGACCAGGAAGCUAGAACAAAGCCUGGCAGCAGCAUGCAGAAAGUCUGGAUUGAAAUCUGUAACCCGACAGAGAACGAUAAAGGCAAAUACACUUUGGAGAUGUUCGACGGCAAAGAGACACACAAACGGUAUCUUGACCUGUCGGGACAAGUGUUUGCUGAUGCCUUGCUGGAGUACCAGAGGUUGAAGCAAGCCGCCAUUGCUGAGAAAAAUCGUGCCAAAGUAACAAAGGGUCUUCCAGAUGUUGUAGCCAUCAGGGAGGGCAAGUCUUUGUGCCUGACUUGCUUCAUCGAUGGUGAUCCAGCCCCGGAGGUCUUCUGGCUGCGUAACGACAGAGAGAUCGUUGACCAGAACCAGUUCACCAUCACGAAGGAACCCAAGUGCAGCACCAUCACCGUCCACAACGUCAGCAUGGAGGAUUCUGGAAAAUACAGCAUCUUUGUGCGCAACAAGUUUGGCUCUGAAACCGUUGAUGUGACCAUCAGCGUUUACAGGCACGGGGAGAAACCUCCACCAAACGCUGUGGAGAUGAGUUAAAAAGCCUGUAAUCUGAGGCAGACGUGAAUUUUCUGAAGGGGUUGUAGGCGUGAGGUUUUUACCAAGAAUAGAUAGAUAGUUGACAUCCACUCUCUACCAUUAAGUGAGGAGUGGAGGCGGAUGGAUCUAUAGAGAGUGUGAUGGAAUGAUGGUGGUUUAUUUAUGUAUUAGGAUACGUAUUGAGCGUGAUAUUGAACUUUAUUUAGCAUUUGAAAACUGUCUUACUGCAUAUUCCUGUUUGUCAAACUCCUUUAGCUGACUUAAUUUGUUUCUUCAUUAAAUGAAAACUUAUGACAAAGACAUAACACAAAUUUUAACCAAAUACAUAAGCCAUAAAACACACCAAAGCCUAUUUCCAUACACUCGAAGGAUUUGCGGUACAGACUUGUUCAGGAGGUUAUGCAGCUAACAUUUAGGCGGAAGCAAAUCAAUUAGCAGGUUAGGAUUUCGCUUUUUAACUGACAUUACAGAGGAAAUUUGCUGACUUUUAACUUCCUUUCUUUGACUCUCAAAAUAUAAUGUCACAGCACAAGUAGGAGAGGGUCAAAGCCAGUAAACUGGCUCUGUAACAUGAGUUAUAAAACUGUAUCGAAGCUUGCUAUUUAAUUCGUGUCCAGCUACUAUUAGCUACCAGAAGUGAGGAGCUGCUUCUGAUGGCUAAAGUUGGUGAACUCAAGCAGGGAGCAAAAUCAAUUAGCGAGCCUUAAUAUUGCUUUAUAACUGACAUUGCAUAGGCAGGCUGCUGACUUUGACCCUCCCAAAAUACAAUGUUACAGUAACAGAAGUAGAGGAGAGUCAAAGGCAGAAAACUAGCCCUGUCGCUAAUGUUAACUCCAGCUAACAUUAGCAACCAUAAGCAACUAGAUGAUAGCAGACAUUAGCAGGAAGCAAAUCAAUAAGCAAGCACAGCUGUUGCUUUAUAACAACAUUACAGAGGUACACUGCUGAGGCUGAUUCUCCUCUGCAUGUAACACUGUAACGUUAUAGUUAUAUGUUAUAUCACCUACCCAUAUUUGAUAUUUGUCACUCCAGUAAAGUUCACACUUUCUCCCUUUAAAUGUUCACUUGGCACUGAGUCAUAACAAAACUGCACAACCCUCAGAUACUGGACUGUAGUGCUCCUGUUGAAUUAGAUGUAUCAUAUAUGUGUGCGUAGUAAAUAAAGCAAUUUAAACUGAU